AUGGAUGACAUAUUCCAGGAUUUCUACGCCGUAGAGAGCACAAACGGGUAUACUGCAGCGAACAUACUUUCCGGCUUCUGGAUCUCUGAUAAGAAGGCUUUUGAGAACCUGGUCACAACCAAAGAACAAGAUGCUCAUGAGUUCUUUCAAUUUUUAGCCGAAGAGCUCCAUGAGCGCAACGGUGAUGGAAAGCGGCCUGAAGUUGGAAGUGAGCAUAGCUGCAACUGCGUCAUCCACCAAAUCUUCUAUGGCAAAAUUCUCACCGCAACAACAUGUCAGAAGUGCAGCACCUCCACCAAUGCUGUUCAAUCCUUCCUGGAUCUUAGUCUGGGCCUUGAAUCAUGGGCGCAAAAACGAAAAAAGGUGGAUUCUAGGCCGCUCACUCUCCAGGAAUGUCUCGAUGCGGAGUACAUUAAAUCGGACAAGUGCGAGUAUCGGUGUCAAGAAUGCAAGUCCACCCAGCAGGCCAGACGGUAUACUAGUAUAAAAUGCCUACCAAACGUUCUUGCUAUCCAUCUCAAGAACCACCAGCUACACAACCACCCUGAACUUUCUCGAGCCCACGAAUACGAUCUAGUAGGCGUUGUCGUACAUGUGGGUAGUAUCGACACAGGAGAUCAGUGGUUUCAGUUCAAUGACCACAAGGUGAUAUUGGCCACAAAAUCUGAAGUCUUGAGCUCACAAGCCUACCUACUCUUCUACUGCGUAAGGUAUCUCUCGUAA